UCCACUAUGGGACCAGAGGUGAAUGCCAGCAGAACUGCCAUACAUCUCUGUUAUGAAUCAUACGACUCAUCUUACAAAUUUACAAGCAACCCUUCUUUUAUUUGUGUAGCAUUGUAUGUUUUCCUUGGCUUACUGUCUCUCAUAACAGUGUGUGGAAAUCUCCUUGUGGUAACGUCAAUCAUUUACUUCAAGCAGCUCCACACUCCCAACAACUACCUUGUCCUCUCCCUCGCUGUGGCCGACCUGCUUGUCGGCGUUUUAGUUUUCCCCUUCAGCAUGGCGUUCACCGUCACUUCAUGCUGGUAUGAUGAAGAUUUGUUUUGCAAAGUGCGAGGCAGCUUUGACGUAACACUGAGCACAGCUUCGAUUUUGAACCUGUGUUGCAUUUCUAUUGACAGGUAUCACGCUGUGUGUAAGCCGCUGACUUACAAAAGUACAAUGACUGAUCGUAUCAUUGCAAUGAUGAUUCUGGGAUGCUGGGGUACGGCGGCCUUAAUUGGAAUUGGCAUCAUCAUUGCAGGAUUCAAUCAGGGAAAAUGUGAAGGGGACUGUGUAAUUGAUGCUUUGAUAUCGACCACUUUGGCAUGUAUUUUUUCUUUCUAUGUCCCAGUCAUUAUAAUGCUUGGUAUUUAUCUAAAGAUUUUCCUUGUUGCGCAGAGUCAGUUAAACAGCAUCCACAGUACUGGCUGUCGAAGCAAAAAGUCUACUGCAGCUGCUAGCAAGACGGAAAGAAAAGCAACAAAAACUCUUGCUGUUGUGAUGGGAGUUUUUAUCUUGUGCUGGAGCCCCUACUUUCUGUGCAUCAUCUUUCAGCCUUUAUCAUAUGAUGUAACACCAAUUUCUGUUAUUGAAACUCUAAACUGGCUAACUUUGUCGAAUUCUAUGUUGAAUCCUUUUAUCUAUGCUUUCUUUUACAGCUGGUUUCGAUCAGCUGUCGGAAUGAUGAUUUCUGGAAAGAUUUUUCAAGGAGACUUUGCAAACGUAAAGCUCUUCUAACCUUAUGUUUUAAUGCACAUGUAACUUUCAUUGGGAAUUGAUGUUUAUAAAAUGAAUAAACGUUAAUG